AUGGCGAAUGCAAUCUCGCUGGGCCACAAUGGAGACGAGGACUUUGAAUAUAAGAACGGCACCCUCCGAACAAUCGAAUGGGCUGUUCUGGAAAUGCCUCCAAAAACAAUCCACUACUUCAGCAACCUGCCCUUUGGCUGGGUCCCCAAGAAUGAUCUUGAAUUCAUUGAGCUAUUUAUGCGCACAUGGAGAGAAGACUGGAUGGGCUUUUGUCAUGAUGCUAGAAGCGAUCUGAGUCGCCUCCGCACCCACCAACUGACCGCUCGUGGAAAAGACGACCUUUUAAUCGAUGCGGUUGCCGAGAAAAUGCAGCAAUGGACGCGAAUCCAGGGGACACUGGAGGAGCAACUCAGCCAGGCGCGUCACUUUGUGUCUCAGUAUCAACGGUAUAGCGAGACCCAUCGGCUCAGCGAAAGCAUGAACGGGAUCAUCAACACCAUGGAACGGGAUAUCCAUGGACAAAUUGAGAAACUAGAGCAGACAAUGCGGGAUCUGCUACAAAUAGCAAGUUAUCCUACUCCCCACAUAGCUGGCUUGCGAACUAACGCCUCUCCAUAG